GGGGGUUCCGCCUUGUGCGACGGUUUUCCUACCCCACUUGGCCCGCAGCACGACCCAUUUCAGCCGGAUCUCUGGGCAGAAGUCCACAGGCCCCUUUUGACCCAGCAAGCAACCGCUGACAGCUGUCACGCAAUGGCGGCAGCGCCCAGCCCCGAUGCCGCCUACGACUUCGACUUGUUUGUCAUCGGCGGGGGGUCCGGGGGUUUGGCGGCAGCCAAGCAGGCGGCCGACCUUGGGGCGAAGGUCGCCGUGGCGGACUUUGUGAAGCCCUCGCCGGCGGGGACCACUUGGGGCCUCGGAGGCACCUGCGUGAACGUGGGCUGCAUCCCCAAGAAGCUGAUGCACAUCUCCUCCCUCUACAGAGAGACGCAGGGAGAUGCGCAUGGCAUGGGCUGGGAGACCAAAGCCUCGCACAGUUGGUCCGCCAUGGUGACACAGGUGGACAACUACAUCAAGUCCUUGAAUUGGGGCGCCAAGACUGAGCUACGCUCCAAGACCGUGAAGUACUACAACGCAUUUGCCACCUUCACGGGUCCCAACACGCUUGCCUUGGAGAACAGCAAGGGCUCUGUGGAACAGGUCUCGGCCAAGAACAUCCUCAUCGCCUGUGGGGGCCGGCCGACCUACGGCGAUGUGCCCGGGGUGAAGGAGUGCUGCAUCAGCUCUGACGACAUCUUCUGGCAGAAGAAGGCGCCCGGUAAGACGCUGGUGGUGGGAGCCUCUUACAUUGCUCUGGAGUGCGCAGGUUUCAUCUCGGCGCUUGGCUUUGAUGUGACCGUCAUGGUGCGCUCCAUUUUGCUGCGAGGCUUCGAUCAGGACAUUUCGAACAUGAUCGGCACCUACAUGGAGAAGCACGGGGUGAAUUUCGCGCGAGAGAUGGUGCCGUCCAAGUUCGAAAAGACGGAUGACGGCAAGGUAAAAGUCUUCGUGAAGGAUGCGGAGUACGGGAUCUUCGAUACCGUGCUCAUGGCCAUUGGCCGCACCGGCUGCGCCGGGCAGCUGAACCUGGAGGCCGCAGGUUUGCCCUACAACGCCAAGAGCGGCAAGAUUGAUGUGAAUGAUGGAGACCAGACCAGCGUCCCUCACAUCUUUGCCAUUGGCGAUGUCAUCGAGGGCAAGCCGGAGCUCACCCCGGUGGCCAUCCAGGCUGGCAAGCUGCUGUGCCGACGGCUCUUCGGAGGGGCGACCAAGAAGAUGGACUACACAGAUGUCGCCACGACCGUUUUCACUCCACUCGAAUAUGGAUGUGUGGGAUAUUCGGAGGAGGAGGCGAAGCAAUCCCUGGGCAAGGACCGCGUGAAGGUGUACCAUGCCAGCGCGCAGCCCCUCGAGUGGAACUUGAACUCCGAGCGGAAGGAGGACAUGGGCUACAUGAAGCUGAUUGUGGACAAGGACGAGAAGGAGAAAGUGAAGGGCAUCCAUGUCCUGGGCCCCAACGCUGGGGAGAUCAUCCAGGGCCUGGCCGUGGCCAUCCGCUGCGGCGUCACCAAGGAGCACUUCGACGACUGCGUGGGCAUCCACCCAACCUUCGCCGAGUCCUACACCACCAUGACGGAGGAGAAGACAGAGGGUUCUGCCCUGCCGACCAAGGGAGGCGGGCACAGCUGGAAGCCCAAUGAAUCCUGCGCUUGACGCAUCAGGCACUUUUUUGCCCGUGAAGGCUCCUUUGGUUUUGUUUCCCUCUUGGUGUUAUGUCUUCGGGCCCGGAGUUCAAGGCAACUUGUUCAAGUACUGUACAUCUCCGAGCUUGAAGGCUUCCGAUUUUAAGUCCGAC